AGAGCUGGUUAUUUUCCAACGGCAGUAACGGGACUCAACAGAAGCUGGUGAGUUUGUCUAUUCUUCGGUUUCUAGCCUGCCCGCCCCCAUCAUCCCUGGGAGACAGGCAGGCUCAUUUGGAUUGUGCCCUGUCUGGAAUUUUCAGGGAGCCAAACCAAUUCCCUCAGAGUCAUCAGAAGACGUCCUGGAAAGCAGGCAGCAGGCUCAGAGUAGGGAUGUCAAGGCCACACCGUGGAAAUGCUACUCUGCCAAGCUUCUUGGUCACCUUCAUUUUCCUGCAGCUCCUGCCUGCUGGAAACGGAAAAUCAGAUUUCUGUGUCCUUGGACCUCCUGACCCACUUCUGGCCCUGGUUGGGCAAGACAAAGAGUUGCCUUGCAAACUGUCACCCAACAUCAGUGCGGAGGGCAUGGAGCUGAGGUGGUACAGGGACCAGCCCUCUCCAGCUGUGCAUGUGCACAAGGAUGGGGAGGAUGUGUAUGAAGAGCAGAUGGAGGACUACAGGGGCAGGACGACGUUCGUCAGCAGCCACAUGGUCAGAGGAGAGGUCGCUGUGAGGAUACGCAACGUCACCGUGUCUGAUAACGGGACUUAUCACUGCGUCUUCAAGGAGCACACAUCCCACAGCCAGGCCACCCUGUGGUUGAAGGUGGCAGGGCUGGGCUCAUCACCCAGAAUCCAUGUGACUGGCACCCAGGACAAAAGCAUUCGGGCAGAGUGCACCUCAUCAGGCUGGUUCCCAGAGCCUAAGGUGGAGUGGCUGGACCUCAGAGGAGAGCCAGUGCCGGCUGAGACUCACUUCUCAGCCUCAGCCAGCACCGGCCUCUUGGCCGUGGUGUCCAUUGUGACUCCCCAGGACAGGGCUGUGGAGGGCCUGACUUGCUCCAUCUCCAACCCCCUCCUCCCCGAGAAGAAGGUGGCUGAGACUUACCUGCCUGCAGCAAUUGCCUGUGCCUUUGGGAGGUCGCACAAAGAGGAUAAAAGUGAGGAGGAAGAAGCGGAUCCAGGAACCAGUGCUGAGACGGAGCCCUCCCACGCCAGCCUGUCCCUGGACCCUGAAACCGGGAGCCCCAAACUCAUGGUGUCUGAAGACCGGAAAAGUGUGAAGCGGUUGUUAUUUGACCAGGACUUGUCUCCCAAUUCCAAAAGAUUUGACCAAGACCCCUGCAUCCUGGCCCAAGAGCGGUUUGAUGCAGGGAGACAUUACUGGGAAGUAGAGGUCGGGGGCAGGCGGGCCUGGAUUCUGGGUGUGUGUCUGGAAAGUUUGGGACGGGAAGGAAGGAUCCCCAAGUCACCUCAGCAUGGCAUCUGGGCACUGGAGUUUUACAAGAAGAAACUCCAGGCCCUCUCCUACCCCAGGUCUCGCCUGUCUCCUCCGCAACCCCUCUGGCGUGUGGGUAUCUUCUUAGACUUUGAGGCAGGAGAAAUCUCCUUUCACAAUGCAGCUGACGGCUCCCAGAUCUAUGUGUUCUCUGGGCUGUCUUUUUCUGGUCCCUUACAGCCAUUCUUCUGCCUCUGGACCCAUGACCCCAGACCCCUAACCAUCUGCUCAGUGGUCAGAGAGGCAGAAGAAGACACAGAAUCCUCUGGAGGUCCUUGAUCUCCCUGGGGAUUCCCGAGACAUCCCUAGGAAAGAGAGGCUCCUGCCUUCUUGUCCACCCUGGCUCCUGGUACUAUUUAUUGCAUUCCUGUGUGUUAAGAUAAGACACCAGGGGCUAGAUAUGCUGCCUUUGCCAAAUUUCUGUGCUGAAUGCUGACACCACACCCAGCCCAGGAUUUCUGAAGGUGUUGUAGUUUGGAGAUGAGGCAUUGAAAGAGGGUAAGGUUAAA